AUGGGGGGGAGUGCAGGGUGCGCAGAUGACAAUGCUGUAGUUUUCCAAUGGAAUCAAGUUGAAUAUGAGAAUCUUCCACAACCAGCUGAUUCUCUGGUUGGACCCUAUCAGUACUUUAUUCCUGAGAAUAAUGAUAUUGUCGGAUUGGGAUAUCAUCCAGCUAGUGGAUUAAUGUUUGCUGUCUUAGAUCGUUUAAGGCCAGGGAUUCCUGCAUCAAUAGCUGCCUUCUGUAUUAAUGGACUGAAGAUUGGAUCAAGUCCUAAAUUCUGGGCUUUCCCUAACUUUGAAAUUCAAGCCCUGAGGGCGGAAGAUUUUGAGGGGAAAAGUCGACAAGUUGAAGAGAUUUUGCAAUUGAAUGACUCCUCAACAAAUCAAGGACCUAUCAAUUAUAUUUGGCCACAGCCAAUUCGUCCUAUCUAUGCAACACCUCCAAAGCCCCCAACACCCAUAACUCCAAUCCCCGUGGACAAUUCGAGUGAUUUUAGAAUAAUAUCCACGUUUGAAGUAGUUGUGGAUGAAAAAUGUAAUCGAGCAUUAUUUGUGGAUGCCGGAAUGGUGGAAUAUUAUAAUGUUUCAUUCGUCAUCCAGAAGCCAGCUCUCGUGAUUUAUGAUCUUCCAUUUGAUGGAUGUGAAAACAGAACUUUCCAAGCAAUUCGUCGAGUUGAAUUUCCCAAUAAUUUAGCAACAAUGAAUCCUUUUACAAACUUCCACAUGACUUUGGAUUAUCAAUCAAGCGAUUGUGAUGAUCUCUACAUCUACAUUGCAAACUUUUGCGGGCAUUUCCUCGUAGUUUAUGAUUAUAAAACUAAUGAAUUUUGGUACUAUACGGGUCAUCCGUCUUUUCAACCAAUUGCAGCUGAAUCCUACAUUGUCUACGAUGAGACACUUGAUUUUAUUUUACAAGCUGGAAUUUAUUCCGUAGCUUUGAGCUUUCCGGAUAGGUAUGGGAAUCGUAUAGCGUACUACAUAGCUGGGGCAAGUACAGCCCAAUAUGCCGUAUCAACGAAAGUUCUGAAGAAUCGUACAAAAUCCCCGAGAAAUUAUCAUCCAAAUGACUUUAGGAUCUACGGGUAUCGAGGAUCCAACACACAAACUUCAAGGAUGGUCUUUGACUAUACAAAUCGCGUGAUAUUCUACGCUGAACUUCAAUCGAGGAGAGUUAGUUGCUGGAACGUGAAUAAACCCCUCAAUCCUGACAAUAUUGGGGUUGUUUUUGAAACUGAUCAACCCUUCUUCCCGCUCUCGAUGUUCAUUGAUUCACGUGGAUACCUCUGGUUUAGCACCGGAAGAUUACCUUACAUGUACUUCACUAAUAAUCCAAUUGAUUUGAGCAAGACGAAUUUCUAUUUCUUCCGGAUCAAAAUUAGGGAUGUUAUUAAUGGGACUGUGUGUGAAAAUACUAACCAAUUGUAA